GACACGGUGGAUUAUUUCCACAGAGGAAAGAGCGCGUGGCACUGAGCCGAUCCCACUGGUCGACAGAGGAGCGGAGGUCAGCAAGUGUCCCGGGCUGCAGGUGCUUCGUGCCAAACGCGUCCAGAGUCUGUCCGAGUGUCAAGAAUUCUUCUCUUCGGUCCGCAAAGCAGAGGAAUGACCCCGUCCAGCUGUCUGCCAGCUGCUGCUGCUGCUGCGAACAGGACCAGAUGAGGAUGAGGAGGAAGGGGCUCCCUCAGCUCCACGCGCUCCGUCAAAGUUCAGCGCUUUUCUAAGAUGCCACCGGCCUCUGGAGCUCGGCACGCGCUUCGGCUCGAAACUAACCCGGGAUAAUAAAACACGCACAAAGAGACAAGAAAACACACCAGAAAGCAGAAGUUUAGUAAUUAUCCGGCGGGAGGAGCCCGGGAGGGAGAGCCCGGGAUCAGAGAGCGGUGCGCCGGGGAGCAGAGGCGCACCGAGACGCUCCAAGAGCCGCACAGGGAAGAGAGGUCCGCGGUGAUGCUGCUCGCGCGGCUCACGCUCCUGUCCGCCCUCCUCCUCCUCCUCCUGCUGCUCACCGAGGCGGCCCUUCGCCGAGGCUCCGGCACGCAGACGGACAGCCGCAGCAUGGUGGAGCUGAUCGGCCGGUACCCGAGGACGAGGACGGAGACGCCCGGGGGAGUACAGCAUGGGUCGCAGCACGGACUGGAGGCUCAUCCCAAAGACCCACACAGCAAGCAAAAUUUCAUCAUACACCUGACAGGUCCUCUAUACUUCAGCCCAAAGUGCCGAAAACAGUUCCACCGACUGUACCACAAAACCAGGGACUGCACAGAGCCAGCCUACUAUAAAAGAUGUGCUCGUCUCCUGAUUCAACUGGCCAAGAGCCCUCGCUGUUCAGAGAGAUAAACAGACAAAUGGCUCUGGACAUGAAGUUUUGGCAUACCAGGGUGCAGCAAGAAGGUUCAUCCUCUCUGUUGACCAGCAGCAGGAAAAGUUAUAAACAAACCUCUGCUGGAGCCAGUGAGCUCAGCCGACUUGAUCCACAAUCGGAAAUCAAAAUGAUUGUUUUCUAUUUUAUUCUAUUCAGCUGUUUAUCUCCAACAACCAUUCACCUUGUAUACACACUACAAACAGGUGUAAAUUUUCUAUGACAGGAUUUUUGGACUUUUUCGAGCAAAAACUUGAGUUUUGUUCAACUUUGUGUAGACUCAUCUCGGCAUUAGUCGAAUCAUUUUUGCCUUUUUUACCUCUACUCUGUUCUUUGGUCUAUUCCUGCUGUACUGGACAACCUCCGACACUCUACUGGUUUAUAACAGAGCUAUUUGGACAUGGAACUGAGAGACAAAACUUACCUGGGACAAAAUGUCUUCUUCAGUGUUUGGGGACUUUUUUUGGACAAAGGGCCAAGGUUUGACCUUCUAUUUGAAGACGCAGGGGGAAACAAAAUGGACUAAACCUCUGAGUGGAUGCUGAAUGUGUUUUAUGUGACAUCAUACAUAAUAAUUACUUAUAAUUAAAGUAAUAAUAUUCCAUAUAUUUAUAUUGUUAAAGCUGCAGC